CCGCGGGAAUGCUAUGCUCCGUUUCUAUAGUAACGGUGUUGAAAAGUCGAGGUGCGUUCAGGACUCACUGUAACGCUCCGUUCAAGAUGUGGAAAUACAACUCAACUAAUGAAAUAGCUUUAAUAUACAUGAAGGUUUUAUAUAAAUAGCAACAAACAUACUGUAGCAUCCGUACAUGUUAGGCUCCGUUAGUAACAUGUACAUAGAAUAUAAAUGAAGUACAUGCGUAAAGAAAAUGUCACAUUUGGGAAAAGCCCGACUGGAAGGUGCUGUGGUCUUGUUCACGUGGUGAUUUCACAUGUCAGUGACAGAAGUAUAAAGUCACAAUGAUUCAUUCAUUCAUGAGCUGAAUUAUAUUAUGAUAAAACACUGUUCGUCUUCCGCAUGUGUCACAGCAUUGUGUAAUGCGACAUCUAGCGGUGAUACGGUACAAGUGUGAAGACCGGAAUCGCCUUAAUAUUUAAAGUUUCGAGCCACUGUAAACGCACCAUUUCCCCCUCCUCUGUAACCCGGAACAACAACAGUUUACAAAGCGACCUCAUGUGUUUGAUCUAUCUCACUGUAUGAAGUCAGAGUGUGUUUGUCAGUAGUCUGUGUUAUGAUAAUAGUUACAACCUAGACAGACGUAGAUAGAACCAGUGUUUCUCUAUGGCUUCACGUCUGAGAGCUGACAUGGCUGAUCAUCAACCUCUGAUUCUGGAUGGUGGACUAGCGACUGAACUGGAAGCACAAGGAAUACAUUUACAGGGAGAUCCUUUGUGGAGUGCCAGACUGUUGCACACUAAUCCCCAGGCCAUAAGAGAGGCUCAUUACAGUUUCCUCCGCAGUGGAGCUGAUGUUAUCACCACAGCCACAUACCAGGCAAGUAUCACAGGGUUCAUCACUCACAUGGACGUGAGCUCUGAAUGUGCCAGAGAGCUGUUGAUGUCUGGUGUUCACCUGGCCAAAGAGUCAGUGAAGAGAUUUGUCUCUGAGAGCCGUGCAACAGAGCAAAAAUGUCCCCUGGUGGCCGGCUCUGUUGGACCAUACGGGGCUUUUCUGCACAAUGGUUCAGAGUACACUGGGGCGUAUGCAGAGAAGAUGAGUAUUGAGGAACUUAAAGUAUGGCAUCGGCCACAGAUUGGUUGCCUAGCAGCAGCAGGCGCUGACCUCAUUGCUUUUGAGACAAUCCCAAGUAUCAAAGAGGCAGAGGCUCUGGUGGAGCUGCUGAGAGAGUUUCCCAACACCAAAGCCUGGCUCUCCUUCUCCUGUAAGGAUGGGAGGUGUAUAUCAGACGGCAGCCUGUUCACAGACGCAGUGAAGAUUGCUAACACAUCAACACAACUGGUCGCUGUAGGAGUCAACUGCUGCUCUCCAGCACUGGUGGAGCAGCUGCUGGACUCUGCAGGCUCCCUGCUGAGCCCAGAUAUGAGCUGGGUGGUGUACCCCAACAGUGGAGAGGAGUGGGACACUGAGCAGGGGUGGAUGACUCCAGGAAAAACAUCAGCAUCAAUACUUGAACUCAGUCAUACAUGGAUGAAGCAAGGUGCCUUUUUGAUAGGAGGCUGCUGCCGUAUUGGUCCUGCUCACAUUAAAGAGUUACGACAACAGUUAAAAGGAAGUUGUACCUCUGCCGCCUCUGCAGUGUGACUGGACUGAAACUGUAACAGUGAUUGUGACAAAGAAGUCUGUCCUGGGAGUUUGUAAAAAUCUUAAUUUAUUGUAAAAUAAAUUAAAUAUACCACUACAUCAAAACCAUGUGGGUACACGAUGACAUCCGUAUUGGGUCAAAGUCAAAGACAAAGACCUUCUUGGUAAAAGUGUAAGAAUAAAUUAAAUCUGUACAUAAACAGAAAAAAUCAAA